AUGGCCCCUCUCAAAGAGUCCCCCGAUCCUGCGUCUCCUACAUGGGCGACCAGCGUCGACACCGACUAUCUCGUCUUCUUUGCCUCGCGUGAUCAGGAGGGAAAGAUGUGGUGUCCAGAUUGCAGGGCGGUGGAAGACCUCGUAAAAUCUACGUUCGAGCCUCCUGGGACACCUUCCGCCACGAUCGUGUGGGUCGGCCAACGGUCAGACUGGAAAACACCUGCUGCUCCGUUCAGAGCGGAACCUUGGAACGUGCGGUCCGUGCCUACCAUUAUCAGGCGGCGAGACGGCGCAAGACUCGUGGAUGACGAGAUCGUGGAACGGUUGCAAGAGUGGCUGAGCGAGUAG